AUGACUGCUCGGUUUGUUAUUAAUGUUAUUAGGCGAGUGCGAGGCAGGAUCGCAGCCGAGUGGAGGGCUGGAGCCUGUGGCACGUUGUAUAUUAUUCCUGACACGGGUUUUAGCGAACCUGCCUUCGGGGAAGUGAACCAGCUCGGGGGGGUGUUUGUCAACGGGAGACCCCUGCCCAAUGCCAUCAGGCUGCGGAUUGUGGAACUGGCACAACUUGGGAUCAGGCCGUGUGAUAUCAGCCGUCAGCUCCGCGUUUCCCACGGCUGUGUCAGCAAGAUCCUGGCUCGCUACAACGAGACUGGCUCCAUCCUACCGGGGGCUAUCGGAGGCAGCAAGCCUCGGGUCACCACCCCCACGGUGGUAAAACAUAUCCGGACCUACAAACAAAGGGAUCCGGGCAUCUUCGCCUGGGAGAUCCGGGAUCGCCUGUUGGCCGAUGGCGUGUGUGACAAGUACAACGUGCCGUCGGUCAGCUCCAUCAGCCGCAUCCUUCGCAACAAAAUCGGAAACCUGUCUCAGCAGGGUCACUACGAGUCCUACAAGCAGCACCAGCCGCCCCCACAGCCCGCUCUGCCUUACAACCACAUCUACUCCUACCCCAGCCCCAUCGCUGCCGCGGGGGCCAAGGUGCCCACCCCUCCCGGGGUCCCCGCCAUCCCCAGCACCAUGGCCAUGCCCAGGACGUGGCCGUCCUCCCACUCCGUGACGGACAUCCUGGGGAUCCGCUCCAUCACAGACCAAGCAGUGAGCGACACCUCGCCUUACCCCAGCCCCAAAGUGGAGGAAUGGAGCACUCUUGGCCGAAACAGCUUCCCCCCUCCGGCCCAGCACGCCGUGAACGGGCUGGAGAAGAGCUCCCUGGAGCAGGAGGCCAAGUACAGCCAGGUGAUCUGGAUGGCACCCCAUUCGAACCCCAUUUGUGAGACCUGCCUCUUACUGGCCACCUGCUUCCACAGCCAAAACACAGUCCCCUGCCCACCAACCCACACGGCUUCAGGGCACUCCACCUGGACGAAACUAAUAAAGAAAGUCAGAGAGGGACCCAACGGCCUUCCAGCUGUCAGCAGUUUCGUUUCAGCGCCAGCCAUGCCACCCUACGCCACGCCAGCCCAAGUGUCACCUUACAUGACGUACAGCGCUGCCCCACCCAGCUACAUGGCCAGCCACGGCUGGCAGCACACGGGGGGCACCCCACUGUCCCCUCACGGCUGCGACAUCCCUGCCUCGCUGGCAUUCAAGGGCAUGCAGACGGCCAGGGAGGGCAGCCACUCAGUCACAGCCUCCGCUCUCUGAUGCAGGAGAUUGUCCAGGACCACCACGAGCCCGCUGACUGGCCGCUCCCCGAGCCUGGCUGACGGACUGUUCUCUUUGUGCCAGCCCUACCUGGCAUUCUUCCUCACGACUUAUCUCCUGUAAAGGCUUUUUGGAUUCAAAGAGCUGAAGGCAACAUCGGAAACUAAGAGAAGUACGGUGUUGUGCUCUUUAAGUAAAGACCUUGCACCCUUCCAAGGGCUCUUGGAGCCUUGACCCAUUCUCUCCUGGUCAAACCACAUGUAUUUAUUCUUAAUCAUCACAGACUUUCUAAAUGUGCAAUUGUUAUUAAGAUUUGUGUAAAAAGUCAAUAAAGAAAACUCACCACAGAAAAUUCUGCUAUGCCUUGAAUCAGCAAAGGCGGCUAAACGGAGGCAUUUGCCUACUGCCUAGAGAACAACCCUUUCAUCGGUGAGGUCGUACAGUCCACUGCAACUUAGAGAUCACUUUUUGGUUGUUUUUUGGGGGUUUGAUAUUCAAAUAUAGAACCAAGACAAUAUGCAGCUCUCAAAUUCUUCUGGCAUGUUGACAUCGUUAGGCAGUAGUGUUUUUAUCCAUUUGUAAAUAUAGGCUUUUGAUUGACAGCAUUUGUUUUCGCCUUCCACUACAUUAACUUCUACUUUUUUUUUUUUUAAGGUAAAAAGGUGACUUUCUAGCUCUUUUCUGUGUCUCUGCGUGGUGGAGUGAUAGCCUCAGGUGAUGACGUUUACGUAUAGUUUUUUCAUAUUUUUUUGGUGCCUACAGCGGCGGCUUCAACAUCUCAUGAUACAAUUAUUUCUUUAGCAGAAGAUUCAAAGGCAGAAAUCUAGCCAAGCAACCCUCCCCAGCUAUAGCCAACCUCUUAGAUUCAUGGAACACCACGUCUGUGUUCAGAGUGUAAACCGACAUGGGCAGAAAAUACCUGAACAAAACUGAAAACUGUUGAGAAAAAUGCUGUGAAACCUGAGUAGAGACGUUUAUAAAGCCAUGUUAGUCACCAAAGUCACCGAGAAAUAGAAUUGUACAAUCAUUGUCAGCUCACGUGUGUCAGUUUUUAGCCCCAAGAAUAUGUUGUAAUUUUUCUAAGAGAAGUUGUCUUUAAUUUCUGCUUUAAUGAAUGUAAAAUAUGGCUCUUGGUAAAGUUUACAUUGUUGUUCUCAAGCAUUUUUUUCCCUUUUAGGUAUACUGGUGGUGGUGCUACAAACACAGAUAUUAUUUAAUAAUAACAAAUUCCCUUUCUACAUUUCUGUAUCCAGUGGCAAAUACUUUGCGCCAGUUAACUUGCUUUAAACUUUAAUUCUGAGAGAGCUAACGUUCUGAUCUUUGAAAAUUUACCUAUUUAGCUUGGGCAAUAAUAAAGUUAUGACUAUUAUUCCAGAAUGCUUUCCACAUGCUAUAGGUAUGUUCACAAUACGAAUGUGGGGAAAAAAAAAAAAAUUAAUCCUGGUGUGAUGUCAUAUCCUUCAUAGAAUAUUAAUAUAUUGUGAAUUUUUGUGAAUGUUGUGCAAUAACCUAAAUUACAGUAGAGGUAGUUAAGCCAGAGGAGAAAACUUCAUUCUUCAAAUAUUGCUCUAUCUACAUACCAUAUUAAACAUUCACUCAGUGAGAAAGUAAAAUAUGGUCCCUCUUGAAAUACAGUCCUCUGUGGAUUUCCAGUUUUAGUCACUGUGUAAUAAUCUA